CCUCUAUAAGCGAGUAUUAUCUUGUUCAUCAGAUGUAUAUAUCUCAAGAGGCUCUCUACAGUAUAUGCUUUGUCUCCCUCGAACUCUAUUGUUGCGCACUUCUCCCCUACCCCUCAGUAGAUCCUCGGGAAAACGGCCAACAAUCCCGUCUCGGGAUCUCUUUCCUAGUCUAGUCCGACUCAACGUCGCUCUUAUAUAUCCGUUCCCCUUUUCGUCCUGCCCUAGUUUUCUCGAUCGUGAACUCUCCUGUUCUUCUUCUUUUCUCUCUUUCCUGAUCAUCUCGUCUGAGCCAGCUAUAAGAUGUCAGAAGCAGAUACGACCAUCAUCCUCGGCGCAGGCAUUAUCGGCCUCUCAACCGCGUAUUACUUAUCACUUUCCUCUUCUGACACUCGUAUCUGCCUUGUUGAUCCGCGGCCCCUUGAGUCCUUACACACCGCCGCUUCUGCAUUCGCAGGGGGAUUACUGGCGAAGACCUGGUUCCCGCCCGCGCUUGCGCCACUUGGAGCGCUGAGUUUUGAGCUGCAUAAGCACCUAGCAGCACAGCAUGAUGGGCGGGAGAGGUGGGGUUACUUGGGUGUAAGGGGUGUGAGUUUUGUUGAAGGCGAAGGGGAGGGAAAAGAGAGGCCGGAGGAUUGGCUGAAGCCUGAGGAUUGGUUAGCCGGGGGUGGGAGUCGGGCUGAUGCUGCUAGUGGGGACGUGAAGGUGGGCGAGGGGCCGAGAUGGUUGAGGAGAGCGGAGGGGAAGGGGGUGAGGGUCUUGAGUGGAAGGAAUGCAGGGAGUGAGACGGCACUGGUCGACCCCCUCAAACUCUGCGAGUUUCUCCUCGCCGAGUGUCUCUCCCGCGGCGUUCAACUGCAUACCUCAACCACCGCUGUCUCAGUCACCUCCCGAAGUUCCAGCUCCCAUUCCACCGGUCACGUGAUCCACCUUCGUCAACCCAACGGCACCCUCUUUGUUCCCUUCUCUAAUCUCGUAUUCGCUGCUGGAGCAUGGACAUCGCCAGCUUAUCGCACUCUUUUUCCAACCUCCUAUCUAGAGCUACCGAUUACUGCGAUAUCAGGUCAUUCGGUACUCCUGCGGUCGUCCGAAUGGAAAGCUCAUCCAGCAAGUAAAGAGGUAGAGACGGAUGCGGUGUUCGCGACGGACGAAAGUGGGGAGUACUUCCCUGAAAUGUUCUACCGGGCUGAUGGUUCCAUUUGGCUUGGUGGCAUCAACCAUCCCUCCAACGAAAUUCCGCUCCCCCAGCCAAGCGCGAAAGCCACUCCGCUUGCCUCUUCGAUCUCAAAACUUCGCGAGACCGCCGGGUAUCUCUAUGGCCUUCCAUCUUCAGACAUUUUGAUAGAGCGCGAAUCUAUUUGUUUCCGCCCCGUAACUCCUGCCGGCUUACCAAUUGUUGCGAAGGUGCCAGACGUACGACUGGGACGUGGAUGGGGACGGAGAAAUGCGGCGGGAGGUGUCUACGUAGCAGCUGGACACGGUCCCUGGGGUAUCAGCGGGAGUCUGGGGACUGGAAAGGUAGUCAGCGAAAUGGUGAUGGGAGAAAAUGUUAGCGUGGAUCUGAGUGGGUUGGGGCUGCAGGAGGGAGGGGAGGGAUGGCAAGCCCGCGCACGGCUCUAGAGUGAGGGUUCUUAAUCUAGGAUUUUAGGCUACAAAUAAAUAGGGCGACCGCGAGGUCAUAAUGCAGAGGGGAGGAUUUGAUAGUGUUGCCAGUACCUCAAAAGAACGUCUUUUCCUUCCAAGAAGCAUCGGAAGACUUUCACCAUAAUAAUACCGCAUCU